CCAGUCGUCCAGACACACACAGACACCCAUUCGCACACACACACACACACACACACACACACACGCCAUGCUUACCAGAUUAACCUGUGUGCUGCUCUUGGUGGCUUGUGCCUACGGAUGUGGCACUCCUCAGGUUGAGCCUGUUACCAACAGAGUAGUGAACGGACAGGAAGCAAAGCCCCACAGCUGGCCCUGGCAGAUCUCACUGCAGUUUAAGCAUGGCUCCCGCUGGUACCACACCUGUGGAGGAACUCUUAUUGCCCCUCGAUGGGUUCUGACCGCUGGACACUGUAUCUUCCCAGGUGAUAUUUAUCGUAUAGUUCUGGGGGAGCAUGACCUGAGUGUGCAGGAGGGCACAGAGCAGAUUAGAGACAUCCUUCGGAUUGUGGUUCAUCCCAAAUGGAACAUUGAGUGUGUGGCCUGUGGUAAUGACAUGGCUCUGCUGAAGCUGGAUAAAGCUCCAGUGCUGAAUGAGAACGUGCAGACAGCGUGUAUUCCACCCGCUGGAGAAAUCCUGCCUCACGACACGCCCUGCUACAUCUCCGGCUGGGGAGACCUCGACACCCACGGCCCUAUUCCUGAUAAGCUCCAGCAGGCCAUGCUGCCGGUGGUGGAAUACAGCGUGUGUAGCCAGAAAGACUGGUGGGGCAUUAAUGUAAAGCCCACCAUGGUGUGUGCAGGAGGGGAUAUUCGCUCCGGCUGCAACGGAGACUCUGGUGGUCCUCUGAACUGUAAGGGGACUGAUGGGAGGUGGUACAUUCAGGGUGUUACCAGCUUUGUGUCGUCUCGCGUCUGUAACGAGCUGAAGAAGCCCACUGUGUUCACGCGCACCUCCGCCUUUAACGACUGGCUGGAUGAGGUCAUGCUGAAGUACUGAGAAGGUUCUGUGGAGAAACAGAAGAGUGACAGGAUUACAAAACUCAUCCCAAACGUGCAGCAACUCUUUAAUAAACCCAGAAUAAUUGAGUGCUA